GCUUGUGCGUGUUCGGUAUCAACGUUGUCAACAGCAGCCUGCCAGCGUCGCCGAUCUUCACUGGCAGCCAGUGACGAUCCCUUCCAUCUGCUUUUGCGAAAGUGCAUACAAGACAUAUCAUCGUUACAUAGCCCUUGGAGACUUUCGCAGUCCAAUUCAAGCUUCCCUAAUGACUCAACCACGACCCCCAACGUUCAUCUCCGGGUUUCCAGCCAGGAUGCUUGCUGUGUUCCCACUUCUCGCAUUAGCAACAGCUUACAUCCUGUUCGUCCGGUGUCUCUACGGCAAUGGCCUGGUUUCAAAACUUCACGCAGUAUGUGGCGCGCCUGUAGACGGGGGAUUGUUCCCAAUGCGCACUACAUAUACCAAUAUCCCCGCUCUCGACUCCAAACUCUGCGCCAUCGUUACCUUUUAUCAUGGCUUGAUGAACCCGACUUAUCAACCUCUUCUAAUCCUCAUGUCCACCACGCUUUCCGCAAUCGCCAUCAUCCCUUUUGCAGAAGCCACUCGUGAAUAUCAUCCUAAGCGACUCAGGAUGCCUGCGACUAUCGGCAUGGUUUUUCAGCUCUGCAGCUGUGGAGUGAUCAUGCCGAUUUAUUGGUUUGCCUUCGCUCUGACUGGUGGUACAGCCCGUCGUGGUGAUAGAAUCAAUCAAGGGAACGCAGAAGCACUUUUAUUUGCCCUUGUUGCUGGCUAUGCUAUCCCCACCUUUUGCAUGGUGGUUUUGGAAGACCCGGUUGUGACUGCAAUGUGGCAGAUCUUCCCAUUAUACAUGAAAGUCGCCCAUUGGGCGCACUGCAAAAUACGACCACCCUCACAACACACUGGAUCGGGAUACGGCACUGUGCAAGCCAUGUACAUGCUUGUAUACGUCGCCUCCGCUUAUUUGCACGUCGCGCACAUCUGGCCUAUCUUCAACAGUUCAGCGCUCUUCCAAAAACUUAUAAUGCCCCCUAUGGCUCCUUUGGACCCAUCAGCAACAUCUAUUGCUGAAGGUGCAGCGGCGUUCCUGAAGUGGGAUAUGGCAAUUGGAAUCGGCUCGACUAUUUUGAUAACACUGUGGUUCGCUAAAAGUCUAACAGGCUUAAUGGUGUUGAUUUUGUGGCACGCGUCAGCUACUUUCAUAGUGGGACCUGGAGCUGCAAUUGCCGGAGUAAUGAUGUGGAGAGAAGCAACAAUCAAUGCACAGGCUAUCACCAAUGCUGCAGAGAAAGCUCGAUGAUGAUGAUGAUGAUGAUGGUAGUCGUUCGAGACCUACAUUCUGUAAUAUGUAUAUACAUCUUGAUUAUCUUGAGUAGCUUUGAGACAUUGUGUAGAAUGGGCAGCAG